AUGGAGUACUGUCCGUACGGCCAGCUCUACGACAUCCUGCACAGUGGCCGCAUCAUCACUACCAGCCAUGUGGCAGAUUGGUCCCGACACAUCGCUGAUGGAAUGCACUACUUACACACAAAUAAGAUCAUUCAUCGAGACCUCAAGUCUCCAAAGCAAGUCUUUCACUCCUAUUACAUUUUCCUUUCCUUCUCCAUCUUGCCCCUUUACUUCUUCUCUCUCGAUAGAUGA